AGAAUUCAUACGCUUUCUUGUCCACUUGCAUUUAUCAAAUCUUUCUUCUCUCACCAACUUCUUUCUCUUUCAACAAUGGAGGCUUUAGUGGCUUACCCUUGCUUCCUCUUUCUUUAAAGACACUCCCAUCUCACCAAUCUUUUGCAAAUUGUGAGUUUCUAGCCCCUCCUGAUUUUCCAAUGUUGUGAUCUUUUCUUCGUCUAUAUGCAUGGCCUUUCUUCUCAGGUUUUUCUCAACUUUUAUCUUCUUGUUGAUCUCAGUAUCGUGUCAGCCCAGUGAAAUCUUCUUUACUGGAUUUAAAGGUGUUGACACCAAUAUAACCUUGAGCGGAGUUGCAGAGAUUGGUAAAAAUGGUGUUCUUCGCUUAACUAACGAGACCAGUAGAUUAAUGGGUCAUGCUUUUUAUACUUCUCCAUUUCAGUUCAAAAACUCUAGUAAUGGCAAAGCUUUCUCUUUUUCAACCUCUUUCGCUUUCGUUGUAGUCCCUGAGUAUCCAAAACUUGGUGGCCAUGGCCUUGCUUUCGCAAUCUCAACUUCAAAGGAUCUAAAGGCUCUUCCCAGUCAGUAUCUGGGUCUUCUUAAUGCAAGUGAUUCUGGUAACUUCACAAAUCACCUUCUAGCUGUUGAAUUCGACACUGUUCAAGAUUUCGAGUUCGAAGACAUCAACGACAACCAUGUUGGCAUUGACAUCAACAGCUUGAAAUCUAACGCAUCUGCACCUGCAGCAUAUUACAGUGACGAUUUUUCAAAGCAGGAUCUUAACCUUAAGGGUGGAUACGCAAUCCAGGUUUGGAUUGAUUAUGAUUCAGUACAAAAUCUUCUCAAUGUGACUCUUUCGCCCACUUCCAAGAAAGCCAGAUUGCCAAUCUUGUCAUUUCCUAUUGAUCUCUCACCGAUAUUUAAAGAGCAUAUGUACGUUGGCUUUUCUUCUUCAACAGGUUUACUUGCUAGCUCACAUUAUAUCUUGGGCUGGAGCUUCAAGAUGAAUGGGCAAGCUAGAGCUUUGGAUCUUUCUUCUCUGCCUUCCCUUCCUGCUAGUCCCAAAGAGAAGCACAUGGGUUUAACAAUAGGUGUCUCAGUCUCAUCAGUUUUUCUUGCAAUUAUCGUAAUAUCAUUAGCUAUCUUCUACGUGAUUAAAAAAAUUAAGAACGCUGAUAUAAUAGAAGAUUGGGAGCUGGAAAUUGGGCCUCAUCGAUACUCUUAUCAAGAACUCAAGCAAGCAACCAAUCGUUUCGGCGAUAAAGAGUUGCUUGGACAUGGUGGUUUUGGCCAAGUUUAUAAAGGUACACUACCCGAUUCAAAGAUUCAAGUAGCAGUCAAGCGAAUUUCAAGAGAAUCUAAACAAGGCCUCCGAGAAUUCAUAUCAGAAAUCGCUAGUGUUGGUCGGCUUCGUCACCGAAAUCUGGUUCAAUUGUUGGGUUGGUGUCGGCGAAGAGAUGAUUUUCUUCUUGUUUAUGAUUAUAUGGCUAAUGGGAGUUUAGACAAGUUCUUGUUUGAUGAACCAAAAUUUAUUUUAAAUUGGGAACAGAGGUUCAAGAUUAUAAAGGAUGUUGCUUCUGGGCUUAUUUAUUUGCACGAAGGCUAUGAGCAGGUAGUGAUUCACAGAGAUGUUAAGGCCAGCAAUGUUCUGCUGGACAGUGAACUAAAUGGCAAACUUGGCGACUUUGGACUAGCAAGAUUAUACGAACACGGUUCGAAUCCUGGCACAACCAGGGUUGUGGGCACUUUGGGUUAUCUAGCACCAGAAUUGCCAAGAACAGGAAAGGCUACAGCAAGCUCAGAUGUGUAUGCAUUUGGUGCACUUUUGCUUGAGGUUGCUUGCGGGCGCAGGCCUAUCGAACCCAAGGCAUUGCCUGAAGAGAUGGUGCUGGUGGAUUUGGUGUGGGAAAGGUUCAGAGAAGGGAAAGUCCUUGAUGUGGUGGACCCUAGGCUAAAUGGGCAGUAUAAUGAAAGCGAAAUGGUGAUGGUACUAAAACUGGGACUUAUGUGCUCAAAUAAUGUGUCAAUAGCACGACCAACAAUGAGGCAACUGAUAUUGUUUUUGGAUGGAGAGUGUCAAUUGCCUGAAAGUUUGAGGACUCUGCACGGGGCAGCAUGUGCUGAUGUAGAGAAAGACAUCAUCGAUGCGUUUGAUGAUUUUGGGGUAAAUUACUCGUUAGUCCUCAGCUCAGAUGUUUCUACCACGACCAUCCCUGGAUUUUAAUUUGUGUGAUAAAAAUAUUUAAAUAUUAAUUAAUGUAUGACUAAAAUUAUUAAUUCAUAGGUUAAAUUGUGAUUAAAUUUGACUCAA